AUGAUCUCGGCACCCGAACCCCCCACCGCCACCGCGGCCAUCUCCGGUGCUCGCAAAAACGGUACAUGCCUCCUCUCCCUCCCCAACCAAAGUGACUGACAAAACUUACUGUCAGGCAAAUCCUGGAAGCCCACAAAAACCGCCUUCCGCCCGAAAGCUGGCGCGAGCCGGUCCUGGGAGGCCCGCCUGGAGCAGCGCAAGGCUCUGGCCGCAACAAAAUUGCGUGAGAAGGAGAUGAAGGAGGAGAAGGAGGCCGCGAGGCAGGAGCGCAACCGCGUGCUCAAGGAGCGCAGGGAGGCAAAGGUGGAGAAGGAGCGCUACGAGCAGCUCGCAGAGAAGAUGCACGCCAAGCGUGUCGAGAGGAUUAGGCGCAGGGAGAGGAGGAACAAGGCGCUGAAGGAGCGGUGA